AUGGUUGAGCACACCACUCAGGGAAUAGUUGUCAAUAACUAUAUCCCAGGCUCUGCUUGCCUAAGGGACGGGGCUGUUGGGCUGUUUGCCUCCAAGGCUAAUACCUUGUCACGCCUAAAUUUGUCCUUUCACUCGCUCCUCCCAGGCAACAUCAAUAUCGCCGUGAACUUUCUCGUCUCCCUUAUUGCAUUUCUAUUCACAUCCGUCAUUCGACCAGAGUAUUCCGUCCUUAAAGCCGUCAUAAACCUCCUUCAUCUUGAGGCUACUCAACGAUGCUGCCCUUCGUCAAAAACAUUUUCGUCAUUCGUCGUGUCGCGCGAAACUGCGGCGGUCAGUACCCCAGCAACACCACGCCUUGCUAUACCGAUCGACCGGCCCUUUGGCAAAAUGACUUUGAGCCGCCACUACGUGACACCUGCAGAACAACUACCUACAGACCUGGGGCUUGCAUGGCAUAUACGUCCAACCCUGCUACAUCCAAAACAUUUACCUACAAGUCAGAAACGUGCAAAAGGGGUACCUACAAGGCCAAUACAUACAAGCCAGAUCUUUACAAGUCAAAUCUCUACAAGUCAGAUCCCUACAAGCGAAAUCCCUGCAAGCGAAAUUCCUACAAGCCAGGUCCGUACAAGCCACAAAACCUCCAGUGGACAACUCACUCACCCAAUAUCGGACAUUACGACUUUGCCAACAUGUGGAAUUCUCCAGUGGAGCAACUUCGAUGUCAGCCCACCGAAAUUAGACCAGCAGGCUUUUACCAUGGAGACAAUUGGUUAA